AUGUCAGACACGCCGAGCUUGCAUCAACAACAACAGUUACCAUUAGAAUUUCCUGUUCAAGUCCAUCCUGGUUAUUCAGUAUUACCACCGAUUUCAUCAUCAAGUUCUGAGUGUGACAAAACAUCUUCAGAUGUGAAAAACUUUUGGAUUAAACUUCGCGAACAUAUCAACAGCGAAAGAUUGAAACCAUACGAUAAACAUGGAAAUCAAAGAACGUCAAACAAAGUUGUUCGAAUUUUCGUUUCAUCAACAUUCACAGAUUUUUUUAAUGAACGUGAAGUUCUGAUUAAAAAAGUCUUCACUGCACUGCGCGAUGAAAUGCGACCAGCCGGUAUUCAAAUCAUUGAUUGUGAUCUACGAUGGGGUGUUCCGAAAGAUUCAACAACUGAGCAAACCAUCCUAGCGUGUCUUGAAGAACUCGAUCGAUGUUUAGAAGAAAAUGGUCAACCAUUUUUUAUCGGACUGAUAAGCGAUAAAUAUGGUUGGGUCCCGAAAUUGAACGAUUUACCGAAGUAUAUAACGGAAACCUAUUCGUGGAUUGAUGGAGCAUCGAUAACAUUGAUGGAAUUUAUUCAUGGUGCAUUUCGUCGAAACAAUCCCAAUGCAUUUUUUCUCAUUCGAAAGUCCGAGGAUCUUCUGAAGCAUCUUCCUGAAAAGUAUAACGAUAAAUUUCGUGAUAAAGAUCAAUUAAGUCAAAAGCAGAUCAUAGAAUUAAAAGGUCAAUUAUCGGAAAUCAUCUCUCCCGAACACAUCUUCGCUUAUGAUUGUUCAUACAGUGGCUUAGAUUCAUCAACCGGACGUGAAAGAGUAAAAAUCGAUGGCUUCGAAGAAUUCGAAGAACGCACAAAAACUUUCCUACGCGAAGCCAUACAGAAGUGGUAUCCGGAAAACUUCAAUCAAGACAAUUCAAUCAAUAUUGAGGAAAAAGAAAUGAACAUAUUUCUUCUGAAUAAAACGCAAUAUUACAUUGAUCGAUCCAAUGAACAUUCGAUGCUUAUGAAGUAUAUAACUGGCGAUCACAGUGGUUUCGUGUUAAAUCAGGCAGAGAAAGCAAAUGGUCAACCUUUGUUAGCUCUCACAAGUCAACCGGGUGAUGGAAAAACUAUGUUACUUGCAAAGUUUGUCUUAGAUAUUGAAGUACGUUUUUGGAGAAAGGAAUUUGAUGAAACUGAUUUCAUGUUGAAGGAAACAAUGAAAGACAAAGCUAUUAUUUACUACUAUUUUGCCGAAGGAGUAUAUCAAGAUGGAACUCAUUUCAUAUUGAAUAAUUUACAGAUGAAACUCUUAAAAUAUCUGAAUGACAAUGACAUCAAAUCUUCAAAAACGAAUGAGAAAUUCAAUUUUGGUGAUGACUCAUUUCUUGAAGACGCUAUUGCUGCUAUACCAAUACCAAUCAUCAUAAUUGUCGACGGAUUGGAAAAGGGUGAUCUGCAUCAUGAUCGAGUUUAUAAGGACACAUUUCCAUUCCUUUGGUUUUCCUCAUUGCUAAGUAAUCACACAUAUAUCAUAAUCAGCACAGAAUUAAAUUCGAAUUUGCAUCAAACUGUGCGUAAUCAUUCACAUUAUGAACUUGAACUUCAAUUAUUAACAACUGAACAACGUAGUUCAUAUAUUGAUAUGUUUUUCCAUAGUUUUAAUAAGAUCCUUGAACCAGAACAAAAAUCUCUACUUGUCGACAACAAGGGCGGUGAACAUCCAAUUUAUUUAUCGUAUGUUUGUGAAAAUCUUCGGCAAUUCGGUGAUUAUUCACUUGUUACCAAACGUCUGAAAAAGUAUCCAACGACCUUAGAUGAUCUACUCAAUUUUCUACUAGAUGAAGCCUAUGAAAUUAUCGACAAUCGCUUAGUUAUUGACGCGUUCUUCAAAUUAUUGCUUAUAUCUGACAUUGGUCUAGUCGAAUCAGAUAUGGUCAACAUACUCGAACAUUAUCUGAAUAGAAACACAGAUGAAAACAAUCGAGUAGAUGUAAAUCCGAUGGUAUGGGCGACAUUACGAAGGCAUGUUAAAAUAUUUCUUGAUACGACCUGGAUCAUAGGAAGUCAAUAUAUCAUUUUUCGUGAUUCAUCAGUUGAAAAGUUAUUACGACAACGUUGCCUGAAGGAUGAUGAAAACGAAAUACGCGCUCUUCAUGCAUUCAUGGCCAUGUUUUAUCGUAAACAUUCGUCAAUCAAAGAUAUUGCGACAUCUCGUGUAUUGUAUCAUUAUGAGCAAGGCCAUAUGUACCAUGAACUUCUUGCAUAUUUGAAUUCAGUGGAAGGAUACAUUGUUACUCACCAUGAUCGACAAAACUAUUUACGACGUCGUCGUUGUACAAACACACUUGGUUCGGUUAAUACCAGUGAGAAUCAACGUGCUUAUGCAUGUAAUAUGUGUGCGAAGCGAUUUAAAUUACCUCUAUUUAUGACGCAAAAAAGUCCGUGUAUUAUUUGUUCAAGACAUGUUCCUCUGGCGAAUUCGACUGAAACACCUCUCGAGAAACGCGAAGCGCGUCUAUGUCAAAAGCAUGGUACGGAUGAUUAUCCACAAAGUUUUCAAUGUGUAUUUUGCAAAAAACUUCAGCCAAUGCCUACAGGAGAAUCAGCAGGACCAGGAAAGAAUCCUUUGCCGUUAUUCAUUUGCUGUGAAUGUUGGACGGCAGGUGGAGGAACAGAGUCACGUUGUUCUGCAUUUGUUUUGGACUCAUAG